AUGGAGGAGGAAGAAGAAGCAAUAAGAUAUUAUUUCAGAAGAAAUUACGACUAUAAUGCGAUAUUAGAGUUUUUAGACAAAUACCAUGACAUAAAGAUGUCGAAACGGACUCUCUUAAACCGUUUAAGAGAUUAUGGUUUGAACAGGCGAAAUCGCAACAUCGACGAAGAUCUCCUUCGCGAUCAUAUUAACAGGGAAUUACAAGGCUCUGGUAACCUACUUGGUUACCGAGCGAUGUGGCGGAGACUUCACUUGAAAUAUGACAUUAAUGUACCAAGGUCAGCG